CCACACUGACGCCGUCCGUGGUGACUUGUCAAAAUUCAUAAACUGAAAUCCUAAUCGAAUUCGUGAACUCUGCAAAACAUUGUUAAAAUUUUAAGAAGUGCAUAAAGAAAUACACCAUCAUGACGGUAAAAAAUAAAACCGAAGAACCCAAAAAGGAAAAAGCUGAGCCCGCCGUAGCUCCAAGUGAUGAUCUUUCUGAAGAAGACAAACGUCUGCAAGAGGAGCUCAAUAUGCUGGUUGAUAAACUGCUGGGUCCCGAUGUCGACCAAUAUUUACCAGCGUUGCAAAUGUUGAGCAACCUUAUCAGAACUUCAACUACUUCCAUGACGUCAGUACCAAAACCUCUUAAGUUUCUGAGGGAGCAUUAUCCAGCAUUGAAACAAGUUCAUGAAAAAAUUACUGACAGAGAAACACAGAAAUUCUGUGCAGAUAUUAUAUCUGUCCUAGCUAUGGGGCUUAGUGGAACUUCAGAAGUUGCACAAAGAGGGGAAUGUGUCAGAUACUGUCUGGUUGGAACCAGAUCUAAUGUUGGUGAUUGGGGACAUGAAUAUGUCAGACAACUAGAAGGUGAGAUUGCAGAAGAAUGGGAUAUAGAGAACAAGCACAUAUUGCUCCCACUAGUCCGUGACGUAAUCUCGUUUGACAUGAAACAUUCUGCUGAGAUCCAAGCGUGUGAUCUGCUGAUGGAGAUUGACAGACUAGAUCUGCUAAAACAACACAUGGAUCAGAGCAACUACCCACGAGUGUGCUUGUAUUUAAUUGGAUGUGCCAGCUAUGUGGUGGAGCCUGAGUCUACACAGAUUCUACAAGGUGUUCUUGAUGCGUAUCUGCAAUUUGGCGAGUACCCACGAGCCUUGCUUGUCGCCAUGCAAUUGCAUGACAAAACCAAAUGUGAAAAGGUCUUCAAUGCUUGUAAUGAUCCGUUGAUCAAAAAACAAUUGUGCUACAUGCUCGCACGUCAGUACAUACCAUUAGAAGUGGAAGAUGAAGAUCUCCGCACUAUACUGCUGAAUGCUCACAUCAAUGAUCACUUCCUCAGCUUGGCUCGAGAGCUUGAUAUUAUGGAACCUAAAACACCUGAAGAAGUGUACAAGACCUGGCUAGAGUCUGCUGGCUCUGCCCUUCGUCCUUCUCUGCUCACAGAGCAUCCAGUGGACUCGGCGCGCCAGAACCUUUCCGCGACGUUCGUCAAUGCGUUCGUUAAUGCCGGUUUUGGUCGCGACAAACUAGUCACAACUGAAGACGGAAAUAAGUGGAUGUACAAAAAUAAGGAUCAUGGCAUGCUUUCUGCCGCGGCGUCGCUCGGUAUGAUCCACUUGUGGGAUGUGGACGGCGGCUUGACUCCCAUUGACAAGUAUUUAUACACUGUCGAUGAGCAUAUCAAAGCUGGAGCACUACUCGCUUUAGGUCUCGUGAACUGUGGCGUACGCAACGAAUGCGACCCUGCCCUGGCUCUAUUGUCUGAUUAUGUGUUACAUUCGAGCUCCAACCUAAGAAUUGGCAGUGUUUUAGGCCUGGGUAUUGCAUACGCGGGUACGCAGCGCGAGGAUGUGCUGUCGCACCUGGUGCCGGUGCUCGGAGACGCGGCCGCCCCGCCCGAGAUCUGCGCACUCGCCGCUCUCUCCUGCGGACUCAUCGCGGUCGGAUCGUGCAAUGGAGAUGUUACUUGCGCAAUUAUUCAGCGUCUCAUUGAUGACAACAAAGAUUUGCAUUCCUCUACUUACGCCCGAUUCUUGCAUCUGGGUCUCGGGUUAUGUUUCUUGGGCUGCAAGGAGCGCACGGAGGCGACGAUGGCGGCGCUGGAGGUACUGCCCGAGCCGCAGCAGUCACUGUGCCAGACCACGCUCUCCAUGUGCGCGUACGCAGGCACCGGCGAUGUACUCGUUGUGCAGCAGAUGCUGCACAUCUGCUCCAAGCACUAUGACACGGAUAAUGAACAAUCCUCGGCUGAAGACACUGCUUUCAAAAAAUCUGAAAAAAAGGAUGCCAAAGAGGGAACGAGUACUGCUAGCACCUCAAAAGAUGACAAAAACAAGAGUAAGUCUUCUAAGGACGGUAAAAGCAAGGAAAAAGAUAAGGAAAAGGAAGCCAACAAGGAGCUGUCGUCCGUGCAAGCUGUCGCCACACUGGGUGUGGCCGUCAUCGCGCUCGCUGAAGAGACCGGCGCCGAGAUGUGCACGCGGAUCUUUGGACAGCUCGGUCGUUACGGCGAGCCUGCAGUUCGCAGAGCGGUGCCGCUAGCCAUUGCAUUGUGCUCAAUCUCCAAUCCGCAGUUGUCUGUAAUAGACGUGUUGAACAAGUAUUCUCACGACUCUGACAAUGACGUCGCAUACAAUGCUAUCUUCGCCAUGGGUCUUGUAGGUGCGGGGACAAACAAUGCCAGGUUGGCGACGAUGCUCCGCGCCUUGGCCUUGUACCACGGCAAAUCUCCCGUGCACCUGUUCAUGGUGCGGCUUGCACAGGGUUUGUGUCACGCCGGCAAGGGGACGGUGACACUGUGCCCCACGCAUGCCGACCGCCGCCUCAUCAACCAGCCCGCCCUCGCCGGCCUGUUAGUCGUGCUCACUGCCUUUUUAGAUUGCAAGAACAUAAUUCUGGGCAAGUCCCAUUACCUCCUGUAUGUGUUGGCGACGGCGAUGCAGCCCCGUUGGUUGGUCACUCUCGAUGAGAAUCUUCAACCCCUGAACGUCAGUGUGCGCGUUGGACAGGCUGUAGAUGUAAUUGGCAAGGCCGGAACACCAAAAACGAUAGCUGGUUCUCACACUCACACUACACCAGUGCUGCUGUCGUUUGGCGAGAGAGCGGAACUUGCGACUGACGAAUAUAUUCCUCUGUCUCCUGUCAUGGAAGGCUUUGUCAUUCUCAAGAAGAAUGAAGACAGCGUGAUGGCAUCAGUACAGUGAAGUGUUAGGAUAAUAAUUAGCCACUGGACCGGGAUAACAGCAGUGCCCCCUUUCUAUAAUUUAAUUAUUAUAAAUAAAUUGUUAAGAAUAGGCCUUAUGCAAUCUUUAAUACCAGGAUGCCUUGGUCAUAAAAGUGACUCGGUCCAGCUUAGAAAUAUUAUGUUCUCUGUAUUAUCAAUGUACUAAUUUUUAAAUAAAAAAAAUAAGUAAUUUAA